CAGUGCCUCUGCUUCCGGCUCGAGUUGCUUGCUUUCUAUAAGCUCGUGUCAACAUGUCCGAGACUGCGCCCGCCGCCCCGACUGCUCCGGCCCCCGCUGAGAAGACGCCAGUGAAGAAGAAGGCACGCAAGACCGCAGGUGCUGCGAAGCGCAAGGCGUCCGGGCCCCCCGUGUCCGAGCUCAUCACCAAGGCAGUUGCUGCUUCUAAGGAGCGCAGCGGAGUGUCUUUGGCCGCGCUUAAAAAGGCAUUGGCAGCCGCCGGCUACGAUGUGGAGAAGAACAACAGCCGCAUCAAGCUCGGUCUGAAGAGCCUGGUGAGCAAAGGCACCCUGGUGCAGACCAAAGGCACCGGUGCUUCGGGCUCUUUCAAACUCAACAAGAAGGCGGCCUCCGGGGAAGCCAAGCCUAGGGCGAAAAAGGCAGGUGCGGCUAAGGCCAAGAAAACUACAGGCGCUGCAAAGAAGCCCAAGAAGGCUACGGGGACUGCCACCCCCAAGAAAAGCGCCAAGAAGACCCCAAAGAAGGCAAAGAAGCCAGCCGCAGCUGCAGCAGCGAAAAAAGCAAAGAGCCCGAAAAAGGCGAAAGCGGCCAAGCCGAAGAAGGCGCCCAAGAGCCCAGCCAAGGCAAAGGCUGUGAAGCCUAAGGCGGCAAAACCAAAAGCCGCUAAGCCCAAGGCAGCCAAGCCAAAGAAGGCAGCAGCCAAGAAGAAAUAAAGUUCCUUUGGCCAACUGCUUUGCACAACACAACCCAAAGGCUCUUUUCAGAGCCACCCACCGAUCUCAGUAAAAGAGCUGCUGCACGUUCAAGUGGGCGUCGCUAGGAGCUGGGGGCGGGCUUUCGCGCGCAGCUGAGGAGCCUGACUUGGCCACUUUGCUUGCUCGCAGGGAAAUGUGCAAUGGUAGUUAAUAAACCCGAGUACUGUAGCUCA